CGACGUUUUCACGCCACCAUUCCGUCAUUAGCCACUCUGACUGAUAUGUUUUCUGUUGCGCUGUAGAAGAAUUAUACCAUCAAGAAAUACGAGCCGCUACCGGGCUCAGCUCCGAACGUGAGGAGUAAUAGGCCAGUUUUCGACAUCAGCUUCAACGAUUACAUCGCAACGACCAAUGGUCUCUUCAACUUCCUGGAGAUCGUGGGCGGCGUCACGCUGAGCGUGUUGCUGGGCUCGGAUUCGACCCGGUACAGCGACUCGAAGGCGAGGCGCUUACUUUCCGGCACGGCCUACACCUUCUGCUUCAACGGCAUCUUCAUGAUGGUCAGCAGCCUGCUGAGCUCCGUCUCGGCCGCCUACCUGCCGGUGCUCUUCUACUACGUGCUGUUCCAGGCAAUGGGUGCCGCCUGCUACAUCAUCAGCGGCAUCAUGAUCGCCCGGCAGACCCACGAAGUAUCGGUAAUAGUCGUUGUCGGACUCUGCUCUGGAGGCAUGCAUGCAUUCCACUUCGCGUACUGCUGCUACAAGAACUACAUCGAGGAGGACGAAAAGAAGUGGUGGAAUAAAAAAAUUGUUGUACAGUAUCGAUUAGUCAACUUUUACACCGAGCAGGCCAUGUCCGUCAGCAGCUCUCUUUUCCCGGUCAAAGAGCGCAAUCCGAGGCUGGGCCGCUGCCACGUGCCUAGGUUCGUACUCGACGAAGAUGGACACGAAGUCAUGGAAGAUCUUCGCACCGAUGACCUACCACCGAAAGCCCCUCGGCGUUCUUCGGGCACCUUUCUGCCGCAGGGUUCGACCACACCACCCACGAAGCUGGCACCUCAUUUCGAGCAUGUCCUGUGGGGCUCUACCCGUGCCAGUCCCCCUUGCAACCGAGAGGAAACAAAGAAGCUGAGUAAGGCCCCAGACCAGGCCUCUCAAAUCCUGGCCGUCCGGAGGAACCGCAACCUCCACGGUAGUGAGGCUGAGAACGGUGUACCGGUUCAUGUUGAACCUGGUGGCACAACUCCGAGCCGAGCGGAGGGCGUCGAAGCACUCGUCCCAGAUAUGGGCAACGUCCCGCCGCGCAGACUGCAUGCUCAUUUUGCCGAGGACGAGCGGGCACAGAAAGAACGCGAGGAGUCGCCCACUCCGAGGAGCCCAGUUGCGGGACAAGACCAACCGGCGCUCCAGGAAUCACUCCAGGCUCACGAGAAAUCACCAGAAGAAAGCUUGCCGAAGACCAAGACAGAUAUGUUCGCCGUCUCUACCGCCUGCGUCGCCACUUGUUUGAUCGUCGUCGUGUUCUACGUCACGCUCACGUCGAUCCAGAAAAAGCGCGCCAAAAGCCGCUACCUGUGCGAGACGGAAGACUGCGUCCGACACGCUGCUCUCCUCACGGGAAAGAUCGACUGGAAGCUAGACCCCUGCGAUGACUUCGAGGCUUUCGUCUGUUCCGGCUGGAACAAGAGGUCGCUCGAACGGCGCCCCGUGGUCCAGUCGGCCAUGGACGACCUCCGGUUCGCCUGGUACGACCGCCUCGAAAGCGUCUUGACCCAAGGCGCACUGCAGCUGCCCGCCGGAAGGAAGCCUCUCUCCAUGUACCGAAUGUGUCGGCGGUACUACCCUUCUAACGCGUCCCAGAUGGCUCUCUUCCGUUCGUUCAUCGAGAGUAAUGGCCUGCGUUGGCCAGAGCCACCGGAUGAGCUGCGUGACCCUCUGCAACUUGCCGUCGCACUCUCGUACCUCUGGGAGUCGCCCUUCUGGAUCACCGUCAGCUUGACGACUCAGCGUCCCGACUCCUCUACCGGCCGCCACCACCGCCGAGUCGUCAUCGGUCCCGGAGCCUACUUGCCGAUCAUGAGAUACCACCAUGCAGUCGUCGAGCGGUCUUACAUCCGGUACUGGGAACAAUUCCUGGAACUCUUCUACCCGAAUGUAGCCGUGCGACCUCUUGUAAAUGAGACGGUCGUCAAGGAACUCUGCGUCAUGGAAAAGGACGUCCUGGAUAGCUUACAGGCCGUGUCCGCGUCCUCGCGCAAGAGACCCGUACUUCUACCGUUCCGCGACGUCGGCCUCUACGCACCGAACGCGUCGAGUCAGCACUGGUUGCAGGCGUUCCAGGGCGUCAUGUCCCUCGAUCCGAAGCUUGUAGGUGACGAUGAGAUCGCGGUCUCCGACAUCGCGCUUCUGCGAACGGUCUUCACGCUGGUGACCAAGUACACAACGCGGCAGCUGAACCGGUACUUCGCGUGGCUUAUCGUCCAGUACUGCUCCCCGGUAGCGGACUUCGCCCUCCUGGUCGGCUACUACGGAAGCAAGGUGAGGGCCAAGGAGCAGCUUCCCAUGUUCUGCGGGCUCAUGGCUGAGGCCGCAUACAAGGUGCUUGUGCUCGCGCUCAGCGCAUCUUCACUGUUUACGGCGCGGGAUCGAGAGGUCAUCGACGCUGGUUUCGACCACAUCGUAUCAGCCGCCGUGCGUAAGGUGAAUGAUACCGGCUGGAUGGACGCGUACAGCAAGCCGCGGAUCAUCAACAAACUCGAGGCCACCAGGAAGCACAUCUGGCCGCCCGAGUCGCUCCUCCGGGGCAACGCUCUGGACGUCCUCUACGUCGGCUUUCCCGAGGAUGGAGCUCUGUCUCUCGCCCAGUACUGGAUAGAGGUGCGCGAGGCCUUGAAGAGGAUCAACAAGACAUCGGAGUACAUGGAGGCACUGUCUCUCCCGGGCAACAGCUUGCCGGACUAUCUGGGCUACGACUACAUAAGCAAUGUCGUGAAGCUGGCUCUCGGCGCUGCAGCAGCUCCGGCCUACUACCGGAACGGGACCCAGGCGAUGCUGUACAGCGGCCUGCUUUUCCUUAUCGCCAUACAGCUAGUCCGGGCUAUUGACGAAGAAGGAAUCAAGUGGGCGUCUCAAGCGUUCCAGGAAGAGAACUCCUUGCUGUCAAACUCGACGUUGGAGGUGUUUCGUACUAAGGCCAAGUGCGGCCAGGUCGACGGCGAGGAGACCGUGUUUCCUGAAGUACCGGCCUUGGAGAUCGCAUACGCAGCGCUCAGUGAGUCGCACCUUAGUGGCGCGGAGACCGUGCCCCUCUCCCUGGCCCCGAACCUGCCCGAGGACAAGGUGUUCUUCAUGACGUUGUGCUACCUGUCCUGCGCAAGACCCGGCGACCGCAACCUCGUACCGGCUGAUUGCAAUAAGGUGGCGAGAAACUCGCGCGUUUUCGCCGAGGCAUUCAAUUGCUCGGAAGGCAGCCGGAUGAACCCGGUAAAGAAGUGCUCCUUUUUCGAGUGA